UGAAGCGGGAUAGCCCCUUUGGGAGCCAACCUGAGGUGAAGCGAUCAAUGCCUCAGACAGACAAGCAAGUAUGCAUCCCACCGGAGCUGCCAGAACUGCUGAAGCAGUUUACCAAAGCUGCCAUUCGGACGCAGCCUCCGGAUCUCAUCCAGUGGGCGGCCGAGUAUUUUGGGGCCAUGUCCCGUGGAGAGAUGCCCCCAGUGAGAGAGAGGUCUGAGCAAGUCACUUUGUCCAACUGGGCUGAGCUGACCCCCGAGCUGUUGAAGGUCCUGCAUUCUCGGGUUGCUGGCCGACUGAUCAUCCACGCAGAUGAGCUGGCCCAGAUGUGGAAGGUGCUGAAUCUCCCAACAGAUCUGUUUAACAGUGUGAUGAACGUGGGUCGCUUUACGGAGGAGAUCGAGUGGCUCAAGUUUUUAGCCCUUGCGUGUAGCUCUCUCGGAGUUACCAUUGCCAAAACUCUCAAGAUAGUGUGUGAAGUGCUGUCCGGCGACCAUGAUGGAGGACAGCCCCGGAUCCCCUUCAGCACCUUCCAGUUUCUCUACACGUAUAUUGCCGAAGUGGAUGGGGAGAUCUCUUCAUCCCACGUCAGCAGGAUGCUCAACUACAUUGAACAGGAAGUAAUUGGUCCUGAUGGCUUAAUCAAGGUGAAUGACUUUACUCAAAACCCUAGGGUUCGGCUGGAAUAA